AUGCCGGAGCCAGAGAACCCCUUCGCUCACUUCGUUCACUCCCAAGCACGCCGCAAAUCCGAGUCCGCUGCAAUCCCAAUUCACGACCGUGAUGUCAAGCGCGACACGGCGACAAGCUCCACUGCGCGCAACCCUUUUGCGCCGCCGGUUCCACCAAAGGACGAGCCGCGCGAGGUCGCGUCUGCUUCACCAGCGAUAAGUGAGACAAGAAACAAUCUGUCUGCUCUGGAGAAGGAGUGGAUGCUGAACGACUGCAUUCAGCCGACAUUGGCACGUGAAGAUAAGUUGAGGCAAGAAUACUCACCGAAGAGUAUGAGGGCGAUAGACGAAAGCGAAAUUCGGGAGGGAAGGUCAUUCGCCCGCCGGAUACAUCCAGCUUUGAGGUCGAUCUCAUCACCGCCACGAAGCUUCAUAGCCCUCCGAGAGAGUGUACAAGAUAGCGGCGUCGACGUGUUCAGUCCCGUAACCUCCAGCGAUACAACAUCGGAGGACGCCAACAGCGAAAUCAAGUCGAAAGCCGCAAAGCGCGAUACCGUCGCCGAUCUAUUCAGCGAGAUCAUGGGAACCGGUAAAGCGCCACGACUACCGCGUCAGAAAGUGCUAGACGAGGUCUCUACACGCUCAGCCGUGCCACCUCCCCUGCGUAUACCCAGCAAGCCCAAGCCCUCACCUCGUGGUAGCGCCCUACCGCCGACGCACAAGUACAACAAGCUAGAACUAGGUGGCCGCCCUUCACUCCAGAUCGUAACGACGUUCGCCGAGCCCAGAACCGCACCAGAGCCCCUUGCCAAUCGUCGCAGUUACACGAAGCGUAUGAGUCACGGGCACGGUCGUAAGGACAGACCAGCACGCGCAUCUAUGAUGCGAUGGAGUCUCUUCCAGAAAGAUGCGCAAGUACCUCAAGUACCAGAAUUGCCGCAAUUACCAGAACCACGGAAUGAGACACCGCCCAUACCCCGGAAGAGCAGCAAGAGAGGCAGAAGUAUCACCUUGGAAGAGCCUUUGCUUCCAAAAAAGAUACAACUUCCUCUUGAAGAAAGUGUGCCACCGCCUCUCACCAAGCACCGGCGCGCGCAAACCUUUCCAGCGCAAAAAAGCUCUCAUAAACUGCGGAAGGAAUCAGACAUUCGUCUUUCACCCACACUACCGCAGCGCAGAGCCACGCAUCACAUCACCGUGAACAGGAUGCGCGAUCCAGAUGAAGCUUUCGAGGAACUUAUCGCGCUCCGCAGACGUGCGAUCGCUGAUGUCACGGAUGGCGCACCCACGGUGCCUGCCCGGGCGAAUGGCAAAAUAAACGGAGGUAGUGGUAAUAUUGGUGGCGGAGGAGAUUGUCUCGGCCUAUACACCACAGCAAAAGGCCGUGUAGAUGACAUCGUAGAAGUAGUGCGAAGCGUCAGAGAAAAGAAUAGAGCGAGGAAGAAGCGGGAGAAGAUGAUGGCGGAGGUGAGGAGGAAGUAUGAGGAGAUGGCUAGUGCGACUAGUAAUCAGACGGGUGGGGAGGGAGGGUAUAAGUGGUUGUGA